AUGCAACCAACCCAAUACAUCCUUGUUUCGCUACCCCUCAGGAUCUUCGACGAUGACCCCAUGACAGCUCUGGCCGCUACAGUCGGGCGAGAUAACGGAGAGACGCUACCAUUCCCCAUCCCUUCGUUCAAGAUUGGCACCCUCGAUGCUCUGGUACAGCAUGCAGAUGACCUCGCAAAGCUCAAUGCCGCAUGUGAAGCCGCUAUCGCGAAGGUGGCCGAGUCUCUCAAGGGGAUACUAGAUGGAGACGAAGACAAGGUGGCCCAGCAGAAGGUGGUUAAUGACAAACCCACGGAUCAUUACCUACGCAACUUCCAAUGGAAUAGAGUGCGAUACCGAGCCGAUCGACCGUUGGGGGAGCUGGUGGACAAUCUGCAAAAGGAGCUGCAGAACAUUGACAACGAUGUCAAGGCCAAGUUCCAUCAAUACAACAGCGUCAAGACUACGCUCGCCGCGUUACAGCGGAAGCAGACCGGAAAUCUGUCAACCAAGUCGCUGACCCCCAUUGUCGACCCGAGCCUCCUUGUGCAGGAGUCAGAGUACUUGGAAACCCAUCUCAUCGCGGUGCCGACAAACGCGCGCAAGGACUUCAUCCGAGGCUACGAGACCCUAGCUCCUAUGGUCGUGCCGCGGUCGUCAGUACAAGUUGCGCAGGACGAAGAGUUCACACUAUUCGCCGUCACAACGUUCAAGAAAACCAGUGCCGAGUUCCUGCAGAAGUGCCGCGAGCAGAAAUGGACGCCUCGGCAGUACAAGUACGUGGAGGGCGGCAAAGAAGAGGAGCAGCGCGAACUCGACCGUGUCGUCAGAGAGGAGAAGAAGGUCUGGGGUGAGGCUCUGAGGCUUGGUCGAACAGGGUGGAGCGAGUCCAUUAUGAUUUGGGCACAUGUUGUGACACUGAGAGUGUUUGUUGAGACGGUCCUCCGGUAUGGCUUGCCGUUAGAGUUUGUUUGUGCCCUGGUCAAGACAACACCAAAACAGGCGAGGAAGGUGAAAGCUGCCCUGGACUCGGCGUACUCGUACCUCGGUGGAAACGCAUUUGGGAGGGAUAAACGAGGACGGGUCACCAAGGACGACGCAUCGCUAACGUCUGAGAUGGCCGCCGCUGGCUUGAGCAACGCCGAAGGUGGCGAGUACACGGCGUACGUGUACUAUGAACUCGACCUUCCAUGAUGAUGUUGGGGCUCGGGACAGUGUAGCAGGGGAUGACAGCUGUGAUGUACUGGUUGGGGAGUGCUUGGCUUAACGCGAGCAUGUCUUGAGAUUUUCUCUACCUACACCGCUAACGCAGCCAUGUCUAUGGGCAUAGUUGUUCACGCUUUCCAGCGCUAAUGAGACGACAUAUAGACCAUGUAGCCAGAAGGGGUUAGCCGGACAACUUGGGGCCCGAUCUAACCUACCGC